AUGGCUGACGACGGUGCAGAUAAAACACCGUUAUUAAAUGAUACUGAUAAUACAGAAGUCAUGACACAAGUGACUAUACCAAAUCAAUCGUUGUCACAAUCAACUCAUUGUCAUGUGCCGGAUAAUAAAUUUGAUUAUGGAGCAAGAAAUCGUCUUAUUGUUGUACUAAUUAUUUGUAUUGUUUUCAUGAUUAUUGAAAUUAUCGGAGGUGUUCUUUCUAAUUCAACAGCUGUUGUAACAGAUGCAGCUCAUAUGGCAAUUGAUGUCGCUAGUUUUCUAAUAUCAUUAACGGCAAUGUAUCUUGCAACAAAACGACCAACACAAAGACUUUCAUUUGGUUAUAUUCGAGCAGAGGUACUUGGAGCGCUUCUCAGUGUAUUAACAAUUUGGUUAGUUACUGGUGUACUUGUUUAUAUGGCUGUUGAACGUUGUAUCAAUCAAACUUUUGAAGUAAAACCACUAGAGAUGAUUAUUGUUGCAUCAUGUGGUGUUAUAUUCAAUAUCGUAAUGUUUCUUGUUUUACAUGCUAAUGUAUGUGGUAAAUCAAUGCCUCAUCAUGGUCAUUCACAUGGAGAUAACCAUGGUCAUUCACAUGGCGAUAACCAUGGUCAUUCACAUGAAAACAAUCAUCAUGACGAUUCACUUGAAGACAAUCAUGACGAUUCACGUGAGGAAACUCUUGAAAAUGCAGAUACGAUUAUUAAUGCUUCCCCAUUAGUUGCUAAUAUUGUAACCGGUCAAAAUCGAGAAGAAAUUAUAAAAGCAAAGAAAUCAACAAAAAAUAUCAAUGUACGAGCUGCUAUAAUACAUGUUAUUGGAGAUUUUGUUCAAAGUGUUGGUGUUCUUUGUGCGGCUAUACUCAUUAAAUUUAAACCACAAUAUAAAUUAGCUGAUCCAAUCUGUACUUUUUUUUUCUCUAUUCUUGUUCUUAUUACAACAAUUACAAUCAUGCGUGAUAUUGUCUUUGUUCUUAUGGAAGCUGUUCCAUCAAGUGUUAAUUAUUCACGAGUAGUUGACGAUCUUCUUCAAUUACCUGGUGUACGAAAUGCACAUAGUUUGCAUAUAUGGUCAUUAUCGAUGCAAAGAACAGCUCUAUCUGUUCAUCUUGCAGUUAGUUCCGAUCGAGAUUUUUUGAUGGUAUUGAGACAAGCUCAAGAAAUGCUCCGUUGUAAACAUUCUAUUGCACGAACAACAAUACAAGUUGAACCAUAUGAUGAACCUGUGAUGAGUGCAUGUGAAGAUUGUCGUCCAUUGAGUAUUUAA